AAGACAGACCCAAAUGAAAGAGAGAAAUAAGAGAGAGAGAGAGGUUAGUUAAUGAUUGACAGCUGACCAAUUCCACAAAAGUAUAAAGAAUCCCUGCAUCUCUCUGCUCUUGGGCUCAAUUGCUAGAUCCCCUCCUCCAUCCAUCCCUCUUCGCUCCAUCCCUCCCUCCGUCCGUGCGGCUCUCCUUUCAUCAUGCAGUGGUUGGCUGUCUGUUGUCUGUUUGUGCUGCUGAGUGUGUCAGCCCAGUCUCAGAAUCAGAUCUGUACCAUCUUCACAGAGGCCAAGAAAGAUGGAUUCAAAGCUAUGGCUCUGGUAGGGCUGGCUCAGAACCUUCCAGAUAGUUUGUUGGAUGACGUGGUGCCCCUGGUCGCGGAAGCCUUCGCCAUGGGCAUCCAAUGCUGCUCAGACGAACCCCUAGAAGACUGCAACAGAGACGUGGCGGACCUGUUUCAGAGUGCAGUGUGUUCUUCUGAGUCCCUGGUUGAGAAGAGCAAUCUGAAGCACUGCUGCGAGAAGACUGCCACUGAGAGGACACACUGCUUCGUGGACCACAAGGCCAAGAUACCCCGGGACCUGUCCCUCACCUCUGAGUUGCCUGCUGCAGACCAGUGUGAAGACUUUAUGGAGGACCGCAAGGCUUUCGUCGAGAGCUUCAUCUUUAGGUUCUCCAAGCGUAACACGAUGCUGCCCCCCCAUGUGAUCCUGGCCAUCACUAAGAGUUAUGGAGAGGUUCUGGCUACCUGCUGUGGAAAGAGUGAGGCAGAGGCCCAGACCUGCUUCAACACCAAGAAACCUACUUUCCAACACUUCGUCAGGAACCGUGUCAAUGAACUGAAGGCCCUGUGCAUCGUCACCAAGAAAUAUGGAGACCGCAUUGUCAAGGCCAAGAAGAUGAUCCAGUACAGUCAGAAGAUGCCUCAGGCCUCGUUCCAGGAGAUGAGAGGCAUUGUAGACAAGAUCGUAGCCACUACUGCCCCCUGCUGCAGCGGAGACAUGAUCACGUGCAUGAAGUGGAGAAAGGUGCUGGUGGACGAGGUGUGUGGUGACCGUAGUGUGCUGUCUCGCGCGGCGGGUCUGAAAGCGUGCUGUAAGGAACAUGCCAUAGACAGGGGGUCCUGUGUUGAGGCCAUGAAGCCAGACGCUAAGCCGGGCAGUCUGUCUGAGCGCUACGACCUGCACGCUGACAUAGCUGCCGUCUGCCACACCUUCACCAAGACCCCCGACGUAGCCCUGGGGAAGUUGAUCUAUGAACUCUCGGUGCGCCACCCUGAGUCGUCUCAGCAGGUGAUUCUGAGGUUCGCCAAGGAUGCUGAGCAGGCCUUCCUCCAGUGCUGCGACAAGGAGGACCACGCAGAGUGUGUCAAAACGGCUCUGGCCGACAGUAACAUUGACAAGAUGAUCACUGAUGAGAUUGAAUACUACAAGAAGGUGUGUGCCGCAGAGGCUGCCCUGGGAGAUUACAACUUUGAGAAGAGUAUGAUGGUGUACUACACCAGGAUAAUGCCCCAGGCCUCCUUCGUCCAGCUUCACAUUGUUUCUGAGACCGUGGCUGAUGUCUUCCAUGGCUGCUGCAAGGACCAGCCAGGCCACUUAGUCUUGCCCUGCGCAGAGGAGAAGUUGACCAACAUGCUCGACACCACAUGCAACGACUACUCCAGCAUUAACCCCCGCAUCGCCCACUGCUGCAACCAGUCCUACUCCAUGAGGAGACCCUGCAUCCUGGCCAUCCAGCCUGACACAGAGUUCACGCCCCCGGAGCUGGAUGCCAACAACAUCCACAUGGGCCCAGAGGUCUGCACCAAGAACAGCAAAGACCUCCUGCUAUCCGGGAAGAAGCUGCUGUAUGGUCUGGUGAGACAUAAGACCACCAUCACUGAGGAGCAGCUGAAGACCAUCUCUGCUAACUAUUACACCCUGAAGGAGAAGUGCUGUGCUGCUGAGGACAAAGCAGCCUGCUUCACUGAAGCGGGCGCCAGGCUGCUAGCUGAGAGUGCAGAGCUGGUCAAGGUUUAAGAUCGGAUUUAGAUUGUAUUCAUUUCAACAGAGGAACUGAUUAAUAAAAAAAAUAGCUAAAGUCAUGUCUGUAUCUACAAUAUCUACCUCCAUAGCCACACCCCAGUGACCUCACCACAUCCUUCCAUCCAUAACGUCUGUCAUACACUCAUAAGCCUGUCUAUCUGUGAUCUGUGAUUUACUCAUUAACCUGUGAUCUUCGACUGACUCGUUAACCUGUCGAUCUGCGAUUGACUCAUUAACCUGUCGAUCUGUGAUCGACUCAUUACCCUGUCGAUCUGGGAUUACUCACAAGCGCUGGUUUAUUUCUGACAGACAAUAAUGACUCCUGUCAAUCAAAUAAAUUAAUGCAUUUUAUUGAU